GAGGAGAGCUAAACUAUUUUAGUAGGGUUUAUCCUCCUCCCCUCUCGCAAAAUUGGCCGCUUCUGAGUUUAGAACCCAAAAAGGAUAAUAUAAAAAGGGAUUUAAACCUAAAGCCCCGAGAAACAAACCAAAACGGGGCCGCCUAGAGAGGAGACACCUAGAGAGAGCAAUAAUGGCGAAAGGCGACGAUGCUUUGGCGAGGAAGAAGAACAAAUCCAACCGGAAGAAGAUGAAUCGCAAGAACGAUUCCGCCGCCGUUUCCUCUCGCAUCGCCGCUAUCAUUGCCGCCAAGAAGCGCCGCCAGACUGGCAAACGCAGCAUGUGUCAGGGAAUGUGUUUUAGCCUUCCUACACCAGAAGAUCCCUUCAAUGAGAAGCUGGGUAAAGUGAGCAUUGUCAAAGAGAAGAAGAAGAAGAAGAAAAAGGUCAAGUCUAGAGAUGCUCUUUCAGUGAAUAAAUCUUCUCUUAAGAAACCAUCUCGAGACGGUGAUGAGAAGAAGACGGAGAAGAUGAGGAUGAUUCAUGGUCCACGUAAGUUGGUGAUGCUCUGCCUGACCGAAAUCGAGAGCUCCUUUCAUAACCUUGAGAAGCCUUUGUUCACUAGCACUUGGGGAAAUGAGUUCUGGAAAUCUUUUCAUUCUGGAAAAGAUGUUGUUGAGACUAGUGUGACAUCUUCCUCCCUUGAACAAAUCGCAUGGAUCGUUUCGACUGCCACUGAUGCUAUUUCUAUGCGAGAGAAAUACGAGGAGAGCCUACCACUAAGCAGUAGUCUUUUUCUCUUAUAUCUCGUACCAUCUCAGUCCAAAGCUUCUGAGGUUCGAUCGGUUUGCAAGGCGCUGAAACGUCUUGGAGUUCAUGCAGUGAGCUUACACAAUGGAGCCGAAAUAGAUCAUCAGAUUUCUGGAUUGAAAAGCUUAGAACCUGAAUUUAUAGUUUCCACACCUGAGCGACUUUUGGAGAUUGUUGCCCUCAAAGGAGUUGAUAUAUCGGGGGUUUCGUUACUGGUGAUUGAUGAACUAGGUUCACUUUGCGCUAGUGGUUAUCUAGAUGCGGUGAAAUCCAUUAAGCAGGCCAUCACCAGCGAGCACCGAUCAGUAGUUUUCAACGACAGUGCUUCCUGUACUCCAGCCGUCCUGAGUCUUUUGGGGAGAUUCUGACAAGUAUUGCUAAAGAGAGUGUUUACGGUGUGCUACACAGCUUUGUAACAGAAAAAGAGGAGGAUGUGUUUUGUCUUGCUGGUUCAUUGGUGAAUGUUCUAGAGAAUUGUGGCCAGGACGUGCCUGGCUGUUGGAGGAAUAUGUCUGAUGGAUCAAACUUGUCGUGUCUCAAUACUCUUUUAAGUUGCAAUUUUAAUUUUUAGUUACUGAAAGUUUUAGCUGCAGGGAACUUUGGUUAAAGUGAUAUAAAUUUUGAGUAUUGAUGUUUCUUUUUUUCCU